CUACUCAUAAAAAAGUAUAUAUUAGAUUUUGAAGAUGUGUGUCUAUGUAUAAGUCAUACUAAAAGACUCUUAUUUAAAGAGACUCACAUGCAACUCCCAAUACACAAACACAAACACACACACAUAUAUAUAUUACUACUACACAUUGACCAUUUACACCAACCAUAUAUAUAAUUAUAUAUAAAAAAAACACACACAACAAUACACUACUACUAUAUACAUAUAAGAUGAAUAAUAAUAAUUUGAUCAAGAGCAACAAGAAGGCAAUGAAGAAGCAAGCAGGCACAACAGCAGCAGCCGGGCAGGGCGGGGGGCAGGGCGGGCAGCAGGGCGAAGGAGCCCGGUUUUUGGGGGUUAGGAGAAGGCCAUGGGGAAGAUAUGCAGCUGAAAUUAGAGACCCUUCUACUAAAGAAAGGCAUUGGUUGGGAACAUUCGACACAGCCGAAGAAGCCGCCUUAGCCUAUGACCGGGCCGCUCGGUCCAUGAGAGGCUCCCGCGCUCGCACCAACUUUCUCUACUCCGACAUGCCAGCUGGCUCGGCUCUCACCACCAUUCUCUCCCCGGACGACCCCAACAACAACACCAUUAUGGUUAACAACAACAACAAUCUCAAUUUCUCGUCCUCUUCUGCUUCUUCUGCUGCUGUUACUACUGCUGCUGUUGGUAGUUAUCAGUAUCAUCAGCAGUAUCAGCAGCAGCAGAAUACGAGUGCAACAGACUGUUUGAACAUUAUUAAUAAUAAUACUGCUGAUCAUUACAACCGACGACAACAGGAACAACAACCAUCGUCGUCGUUGUUGAUGAUGGCGGCCGAUAAGCAAUUGGAUUUGAUUAAUAAUAAUCAAAAUCAACAACAAUAUUAUGAUUAUAAUUUAUUGUUCUCAUCUUCUUCUAAUUCAUCUAAUUCUUCUUCUUCACCACAUGAUCAACAACAACAACAAUAUUUUCAUCAUAGCUAUUAUGAUGAUCAUCAGGAGAAUAAAGAAGCAGCCAUAAUGUUCAACACUACUAGUUCUUCAUCAUUUUCGGCGGCUCUUGGUUCGGGUUCGGGUUUGGGUUCAGGUGAGCUUCCACCAUUUCCGGAGUCUGAGAUUAGUAGUUAUUAUUAUAAUAAUAAUGACGUUUAUGGAAUGCAACAGAGUCCUCUGUUUAGCACUAUGCCAUCAGUUUCCGAUGCUCUCUCCGGCGCCGGCGCCGGCCUUGACCCUUUUGAUUUGGGCUCUGCUUCUUCUUCCUCUUUUUUCUUCUGAUCAUAUAUCAAAGGCCAUUAUAAUUUAUUAUUAUAUUAAUUACUAUCUAAUAUGUUUUUUUCUUGUUUGUUUUGUUUUAAUUUGAGAGA